AUGUGCACUGACCACUCCUGGCCGCCAGGCUUCUGUGUGCAUGCGCAGCCCACAGAGCUCACAAGGGAGGUGUGCCUGCGCAGUUGUGUGUGCAGGUGUUGCUUGGCAACACUUACUGUGAGCUCAGAGAAGCGCCCUGAGCCCCCAGCUGGUGGCUGGAAACAGCUGCCACAGGUUCCUCAGGCCUCGGAAACUGUGAGAGGUGGCUGCCAGAAUCGGCCCGGAAGAAGGCUUGCUCCUUCCCAUUUUGGAAGGGGGAUCAGGUGUGAAAACGUUACUGUGAGCUCAGAGAAGCACCCUGAGCCCCCAGGUUGCGCUGGAAACAGCUGCCACAGGUUAGGUGCCUUAGGCCUCGGAGUCUGUGAGAGAUGGCCGCCAGUCUUGGCCCUGAAGAAGGCUUGCUCCUACCCUUUUCAGAAGGGGGAUCAGCACCUCAAGAUUCAGACUGUACAGUUGCCAUUUGAAGAGAGUGAACAAGGGAAAGUGUUCAGCAGGAGUUGUAUAUUCUUUAUGUAUGAAAGGGUUCACACCUGUAGUAAGUCAGUUGUUAUUUCACGAAAUGCAACUGAUAUGGAAAAGAAAACUUUCCAUAAAAAUUCCUACCUCAAACCUCAGCAAAUGCACACAAGAGAGAAACUCUAUGAAUCUUUCAACUGGAAAUCGUGCCUUAAUAUUGAUGACAGCACUCACAUAGGAGAAAAAACUAUUGGGUACAGUAAAUGUAGAAAAACCAUUCACCAGAAAUCAGGCCUCGCUAGAAAUUUGAGAAUCCACACAGGGGAGAAAUCUUUUGCAUCUGGAAAAGCCUUUUGCCAGAAAUCAGAACUCCUUACACUUCAGAAGAUUCACAUAGGCCAGAAACCUUAUGAAUGUAAGACAUGUGGAAAAGCUUUUUGCCGGAAGUCAAACCUCAUCACACAUCAGGAGAAGCUUUAUGAAUGUAAAACCUAUGGAAAAGCCUUUUGCCAGAAGUCAAGCUUCAUCACACAUCAGAGAAUUCACACAGGAGAAAAACCUUAUGGAUGUAAUACAUGUGGAAAAACCAACUGGCAAAAGUCACAGUUCACUGCACAUGAGAUAAUUCACACAGGUGAGAAACCUUAUGUAUGUAAUGGAUGUGGAAAAACUUUUCCCUGGAAGUCACAAUUCAUUGCACAUCAGAGAAUUCACAGAGGGGAGAAACCAUAUAACUUACUACCCAUCAGAGAAUCCAUGCAGGAAACAAACUUUAUGAAUGUAAUACAUGUGGGAAAUCAUUUUGUCAGAAAUCACAACUCAUUACACAUUAGGAUUCACACAGAGGAGAAGCCUUAUGAUUGUAAUACAUGUGGAAAAGCCUUUCAUCAGAAAUCAAAACUCAUUACACAUCAGAGAAUUCAUACAGAAACCAGACAUCAGAGAAUUCACACAAGGGUGAAACGUUAUGAAUGUGGAAAAGCCUUUUUCUGGAACUCACAACUCAUUAAACAUAACAGAAUUCACACUGGAGAGAAACCAUGUGACUGUAAUACCUGUGGGAAAGCUUUUGGCCAGAAGUCACAAUUGAUUGCACAUCAGAGAAUUCACAUGGGGAAAAUUAAUGAAUCCUUUUGCUGGAAGUCAAUUUUCAUUCAACAUCAGAGCGUUCACACAAGGGAGAAACGUUAUGAAUGUAAUACAUGUGGAAAAGCCUUUUGUGAAGAAUCACAACUCUUUAAGCAUCAAAAAGCUCACACAGGGGAGAAACCUUAUCAAUGUAAUACAUGUGGAAAAGUGUUUUGCCUUGUGUCAAAACUUACUAGACAUGAGAGAAUUCACAAGAGGGAGAAAAUUUAUGAAUGUAAUUUAUGUGGAAAAGUCUUUUCCCAGAACUCAAAACUCAUUACACAUCAGAGAAUUCACACAGGAGAGAAACCUUAUGAAUGUAAUACAUGUCUAAAUGCUUUUUCCAAAAAUCUCAGCUCACUAAACAUCAGAGAAUUCACAAAGGGGUGA